CGGGCCGAGCUCUCCCGGGGGCCGCCGACUCCCGUCGCGGGCCCGGGCCCGGCUCGCCAUCGUCGGGCAGCGUCCGAAGACGCCGGAGCCCCGAUCGCUCGGACCCGGACUGAGCGGCGAGAUCCCCGUGUUGCCUUCUGCUUCCUGAGGAGAAAGAAGACAGCUCAGGAGAGGUUUUCUUGACGGUCAUCUCAACAGAAGAGCUCUGAGAGAUGGAACCCGAGGAAGAAAGGAUCCGUUAUAGCCAGAGACUGCGUGGCACCAUGCGGAGACGCUAUGAAGAUGAUGGCAUUUCUGAUGAUGAAAUUGAAGGAAAGAGGACUUUUGACCUGGAUGAAAAGCUCCACACCAACAAAUACAAUGCUAGCUUUGUCACCUUCAUGGAAGGAAAAGAUUUUAAUGUAGAGUAUAUCCAGCGGGGUGGCUUGAGAGAUCCUCUGAUUUUCAAGAAUUCUGAUGGACUUGGAAUAAAGAUGCCAGACCCGGACUUCACUGUGAAUGAUGUGAAAAUGUGUGUGGGGAGCCGUCGAAUGGUGGACGUCAUGGAUGUGAACACCCAGAAAGGCAUCGAAAUGACCAUGGCCCAGUGGACCCGCUACUAUGAGACUCCAGAGGAAGAGCGUGAGAAGCUCUACAAUGUCAUCAGCCUGGAAUUCAGCCACACCAGGCUGGAGAACAUGGUGCAGAGGCCUACGACGGUGGACUUUAUCGAUUGGGUAGACAACAUGUGGCCAAGGCACUUGAAGGAAAGCCAGACAGAAUCCACCAAUGCCAUCCUGGAGAUGCAGUACCCCAAAGUGCAGAAGUACUGUCUCAUGAGCGUCCGGGGCUGCUACACAGACUUUCACGUGGAUUUCGGCGGCACAUCCGUCUGGUACCACAUACACCAGGGGGGAAAGGUCUUCUGGCUCAUACCACCUACGGCCCAAAACCUGGAACUGUACGAGAAUUGGCUGCUGUCGGGGAAACAGGGCGACAUCUUCCUGGGUGACCGUGUGUCAGAGUGCCAGCGCAUCGAGCUCAAGCAGGGGUACACCUUUGUUAUUCCCUCAGGCUGGAUUCAUGCAGUGUACACCCCUACAGACACAUUAGUGUUUGGGGGCAACUUUUUGCACAGUUUUAACAUCCCCAUGCAGCUCAAAAUCUACAACAUUGAAGAUCGGACACGGGUCCCAAAUAAGUUCCGUUAUCCAUUCUACUACGAGAUGUGUUGGUACGUGUUAGAACGCUAUGUCUACUGCAUCACCAACCGCUCCCACCUGACCAAGGAUUUCCAGAAAGAAUCCCUCAGCAUGGAUUUGGAGUUAAAUGGUUUGGAGUCUGGAAGCGUAGAUGAGGAGGCUUCAGAGAAGGAGCCGAGGCGCCUGAGCAGCCGACGCUCCAUCCUCACCAGCCCCGUGGCCAAUGGCGUCAACGUGGAUUAUGACGGGCUGGGCAAAACCUGCAGGAACCUGCAAGGGCUAAAGAGAACCUUGUCGGUGGACUCGUCCUCAGAGUCUGGCCGGAGCUCCCACAACGGUCAAGUGUGGGAUCCUCAGUGUAGCCCCCGGAAGGACAAGCAGAUUCACCUAACUCAUUUUGAGCUGGAAGGUCUCCGGUGCCUUGUGGAUAAGCUAGAGUCACUGCCAUUACACAAGAAGUGUGUCCCAACGGGGAUCGAAGAUGAAGAUGCUCUCAUUGCUGAUGUCAAGAUACUGCUAGAGGAGCUCUCCCACAGUGAUCCCAAGUUAGCCCUCACUGGAGUCCCCAUAGUACAGUGGCCCAAGAGGGACAAGCUUAAAUUCCCCACACGGCCCAAGGUGCGGGUCCCCACCAUUCCCAUCACAAAGCCUCACACCAUGAAGCCUGCUCCUCGACUGACCCCCGUAAGGCCCGCCGCCUCGCCCAUCGUCUCAGGAGCCCGGCGGCGGAGGGUUCGAUGCCGCAAGUGCAAGGCCUGUGUCCAAGGCGAAUGUGGCGUGUGCCACUACUGCAGGGACAUGAAGAAGUUCGGAGGGCCUGGUCGCAUGAAGCAGUCGUGUGUCCUUCGCCAGUGUUUGGCACCCCGACUACCUCAUUCGGUCACGUGCUCUCUCUGUGGAGAGGUGGAUCAGAAUGAGGAAACCCAGGACUUUGAGAAGAAACUCAUGGAAUGUUGUAUCUGCAAUGAGAUCGUUCAUCCUGGCUGCCUGCAGAUGGAUGGAGAAGGGCUGCUCAAUGAUGAGCUGCCUAAUUGCUGGGAGUGCCCAAAGUGCUACCAGGAGGACACCUCGGAGAAGGUGCAGAAGCGUAAGAUGGACGACAGCGAUGAAGAUGUGGUCCAAGCCAAAGUCCUGCGGCCCCUGCGGAGCUGCGACGAGCCCCUCACGCCCCCCCCUCACUCGCCUACCACAAUGCUGCAGCUCAUCCAUGACCCAGUGUCCCCUCGAGGCGUGGUGACCCGGUCCUCCCCGGGAGCCGGUCCCAGUGACCACCACAGCGCCAGCCGGGACGAGCGCUUCAAACGGCGGCAGCUGCUGCGGCUUCAGGCCACAGAGCGCACGAUGAUGCGAGAAAAGGAGAACAAUCCCAGUGGUAAGAAGGAACUCUCCGAAGUCGAGAAGGCCAAAAUCCGGGGGUCCUACCUCACGGUCACACUGCAGCGGCCCGCCAAGGAGCUGCACGGAACAUCCAUCGUGCCCAAGCUGCAGGCCAUCACGGCCUCCUCCACGAACCUCCGCCAUUCUCCCCGAGUGCUGGUGCAGCACUGCCCCACGCGAGCUCCCCAGCGGGGGGACGAAGAGGGCCUGGCCGCCGAGGAGGACGAGGACGACGAGGACGAGGAGGAGGAGGACAGUGCGGAGGAGGGCGGGGCAGCCAGACUGAACGGCCGGGGCGGCUGGGCACAGGACGGGGAGGAGAGCUGGAUGCAGCGGGAGGUCUGGAUGUCUGUCUUCCGUUACCUCAGCCGCAGAGAACUUUGUGAAUGUAUGCGGGUGUGCAAGACGUGGUAUAAAUGGUGCUGUGACAAGCGACUCUGGACAAAGAUCGAUUUGAGCAGGUGCAAGGCCAUCGUCCCCCAGGCCCUGAGUGGCAUCAUCAAGAGACAGCCGGUCAGCCUGGACCUCAGCUGGACGAACAUUUCCAAGAAGCAGCUGACCUGGCUUGUCAACAGGCUCCCCGGCCUGAAAGAUCUCCUCCUAGCAGGCUGCUCCUGGUCUGCGGUCUCUGCUCUCAGCACCUCCAGCUGCCCUCUUCUCAGGACCCUGGACCUUCGGUGGGCCGUAGGGAUCAAGGACCCUCAGAUUCGAGAUUUGCUGACCCCACCGACUGAUAAGCCUGGUCAGGACAAUCGCAGCAAGCUCCGAAACAUGACUGAUUUUCGGCUGGCCGGCCUGGACAUCACUGACGCCACCCUCCGCCUCAUCAUCCGUCAUAUGCCGCUUCUGUCUCGGCUCGACCUCAGUCACUGCAGCCACCUCACCGAUCAGUCGUCCAAUCUGCUGACGGCCGUCGGCUCUUCCACACGCAACUCCCUCACGGAAAUCAAUAUGGCAGGUUGCAAUAAGUUGACAGACCAGUCCCUGUUGUAUCUACGGCGCAUCUCUAAUGUCACCUUGAUUGACCUUCGAGGCUGCAAGCAGAUCACCCGGAAGGCCUGUGAGCAUUUCAUCUCAGACCUGUCCAUCAACAGCCUCUACUGCCUGUCUGAUGAGAAGUUGAUCCAGAAAAUCAGCUAAAGCCCACUCAGCCCCAGAUUGAACAGGAAACAGAAACCCCCUUCCCACUUCCCACCGCGGAGAGCCGCUCCCCACAUUCUGCACGGGCUUCGAGGCCGGCCUCCCCCUCCCUUUGCUCUCCCGUCCCUGUCCCCUUCCAGCACAGCAGGAUAGGUGUUCCUGCUGCCCAGCCCUACUCUGACCGAGCACAGGGAUGACCCACCUGCUCCCUUCUCUCCUUCCCUCCCUCCCUCUGCUGGAAAAGGGACAGGGAAAAAAUCACAGGAGGUGCUGUCGAGGUGCUCACUUGGAGACCAAGCUCAUGGUUGGGGGUGCCAUGCCAGCUUAAUCAGCACAGCCCCCUGCCCCACCCUAGGCCACCCUCUCCCAGCAGGGCCGGGCUGAGCAUUGUCCCUGGGAAGGAAGCAGCUUGCUCUGCUGCAGAGAGGGGCCCUGGGGUGUUCAGUGGUGUCUCCCUCGUCAGGCUCUUCCUGGCUUAUGCAGGUGGUGGCACUGGCCACGGGAAGGCCAGACCCUGCAAUCACACUGGUGCUGUUGAAUUUCCAGAAACCUCCUCUGUGUCUGUCCCCACCCUCUGCAGCUUGACGCUGUCCAAGGCUCAUAGCUCCACAAACACCAUCUCCCUGUACUUUGCCCUGAGUCCGUGUCACGUGGCUGUGCACUUACUCAGCUGCUGCCCUGUGGACGUGCCAGGGCCGCCUCUGUUGAGAGCUGCUGUCGCUCAGCCACAGCCCAGAGCAGCCAUGGGGGGGCUGGGGGGGGGGGCAGGACUCCUGGGCCAAGCUCCAGCCCCAAGGUCCCCCUGCUGAAGCCCCUCUCCUCUUCUUCCCCUGUUCCCCCAAGAUGCUUUUUUCUCUCUUUUUCUGAAGAGGGCUUUACCCUGGGUGUGUGUGCUUGGAGGGAGCAUGAGGCUUCCACAGAGCUGGGGGGUGGGGGGUGGGGGGAGGAUGAGGACCAGGCCGGGUCCCUGCUCUUCCAACGGCCUGCGAGGGUCUUGUCUUUGUGUAUAGUCUGGUGACUCAAUCCUUGUUCUUCAGCUUAGAGAAAUACUGCGCUUUGGCUCUCCCCCUGCACAGCCGCUAGGUACCUGCCCUCAGCCUGGACCCCCAGACCAGGGGCAGGGAGGGAGGGGGUGGUCUGCAUGUGCCUGUUUGUGUAGGCUUUGGGGAGGCCUGGGGUUAGUGUGUGCUCCCUCCCUGCUACACCCCGGCAGCUGCCCCCCCAUUCUUUUGCAUUGAGCAGGCUGGUCCAAAGAUCCUCUCUAGGGCAGCAGAGAGCUUUUUGCACUUUAAAAAGAAAGGAAAAAAAAGGUCGUGAUUUCCUUUUUGGGUCAAUAUGGAAGUGAGAGGAGGUGCUCACAGCAGCUGCCUGUGGCAAGAGCUUAUAAAUGUUAUACGCAAAUUUGCACUCUGCUCCCCAAUCGGUAAGGAUGUUGAUAGCACAACCUUCUCCCCUCUUCUUUCCCAGCUGCCCUUCAGUUCCCUUUCUAGACCCUGGUCCCGGGCUUUCCUCCUGACCGCCGCCCUGCUCGGGGAAGGGACGAGGAGGCAAGGCCAGCAGCCCAAGCCAGGCGCCAGGCGCACCCUUGCUCUUUCCAAAGCUGUAGUGGGCAGAGGGGACUCCCAUGGUGGCCACUUACCCCAGUUUUGACUCCUGGCCUUGACUUCAAUCUCCAGAAAAAAAAAAAAAAAGAAAUGAGUCUCGGGGCGGGAGUGGGUAGGAGAUGGCAGCCGGGGAUGUUCUGGCAGAUGUGCUCGUGAUCCGGGCUGUGCUUUCCAAGGGGCGUGCUCCCUUCGGCCCUGACCCCCAGGCCCCAGCCCCCUUGGCACGGGGCUAGACGCAGAGGGAAUGGCAGGGACUUGAUUCCAGAGUGCCUCCGUAGGGGAACUUCUCUGUAAAGAACCCUGGGUAUUGAGCAGAAACCUGUAUUAUUAAUAUUAUUAUUGCUAAUGACCUGUAAUUGGAAGCUUCCUGCCUUGUUUGGUUGCUCCUGUGGAAAAUACUGAAAAGAAGACUUACUGUUUGUUUGUUUUUUGCCUUUUUUGUAAAAGGGGAGGUGGAGAGACCCCUUCACAGCAGGGAUUGUGCCGGGAGAGUGCCUCUGACUUUGGGACAUUUUCACCUGAAGAGAAAUUUCCAAGCCGAUUGGGGAUUUUUCAUUUUCAGCUUGGAAAAAUGGAAGCAUUUUUCCCGUGCACAGAAAUGGGAGCCCACAAGCCGCAGCAGACGGACCUGGCUUCCCCCUGCUGGGGUUUGCUUUCAUUUUGGAGGAGAAGGGAGGGGACGGUGGCUUUUAGAGGGGAUGGGGUCACUCCCUGCAGUGCUGGUGGUGGCAGUUCUUGAGUUCCUGCAUUGGGGCCGGGGAGGAAAAAUGGUGACUUCAGUUGCAAUACUUGCAGUCUGCUCCUAGACACAACCUCCCCAGGGAAGUCCACGGCUCCGGAGACAGCAGGGAGAGGCUCCCCGCCUCCUGCCUCCACCUUUCUGAGCACGGGGGUGAGAACCACAAAGGAAAGGAAGAAAAAUUCUAUAUAUAUAUAAAUAUAUAUAUAAUAUAAAAUCACUUGGUGAUUAAAAAUAACUGCUCCAUAAAUAAAACUCCUAAAGUCACUAUGUUUAAAGGGUUUGGUUGUGCUUUUUGUUUUCCCGGAGAAAUAUUGUAAAUAUCUAUUUUUUGUUGCUGAUUUAGAGUCAAUCUCCGAUGUUGUGCUAAAAAUUUAAAUUAAAUGUAAGCAUUAAAGGGGAUAAGAAGACGUCGUUGGCAUCUCCACUGACACCUCGGGGUUCUUGAGGGCAGGGCAGGCGAGGAAGGAGAGCCAUUCGCUGGGCCUGGCCUCCUUUCUUCCAACCCGUCCGCCCUUGGUUUUAGAGAAGAGCAAGACCGUUUUUGCUCUGGAUAUUAUCGGGAUGGGAAAUAUUUGUGUAAUAAAUUUUAAGAUGGAAAA